AUGAAGAACUCGUAUACUAUUCUUGCACCUCUCGUGCUUGCAUUGGCAACGGCGCAGAGCGCGCCGGACUUCUACAUCGAGGUUGAAAACAACCUCAGAGUUUUGUAUGAGGCAAGCAAUACUGAGGUCACACCUCCGGGGGUACUGUUGGCAAGAGACCUCGUCCUCGAACCGCCUACAGCAUUUGCGCCCCAAGGCGCUACGAACGCCGAGGAGUACAUUCUGUUCAUGAUUGACCAAGAUGUGCCACGAAAUGGUUCUCGCGUGGCCCUGCUCCACUACUUCGCACCAAAUCUGCUCAGUACAAAUGCAACACUUGCUCUGGAAGGGGCAGGAAGUGGCAACGAAUCCACUGCCGUUGGUGCUUCAUACAUCCCACCUACGCCUCCUGGCGGAGACGGUCCGCACCGAUAUACAUUCCUCCUCUACGCCCAGCCAAACAACUUCACUAUCCCGGCCGAAUACACCUCGAUCAGUCCUCCGAACUCGACCGCUGAUCGCGUCGGCUUCGACAUUGUUGGUUUCGCGGAAGCUGCCGGGCUGGGGCAACCGCUAGCCGCAAACUACCUACGCGUACUAAAUGGUACCGCUGAGGAGACCAGUAGCGCAGCAACUGCCAGCGCCACGUCCACCGGUUCUGCUAUUGUUUCCACAAGUGCCACAGGACCCGCCGCGUCGACAACGAGUGGCGCCACUUCCGCGUCGGAGACUGCGUCAGAAAGUGCAGGGUCGGCCACUUCUAGCGCCGCUACAAGCGCGACGUCCACGGCUGGCAAUGGAGCAGCUUCUGUACGCGUUCACAACAGUCUGACGGAGUUGAUGGCUGGGCUACUGUUGGGCGUUGUUGGCGCCGGGAUGUUCAUGCUGUGA